UUCUCUUCAUCUUUAUACCUGAGAGAGAACUUCUUCGCAACCAUUCUAUCUUUCCUUUCCCCUAUCCCAAAACAACCUGACAAGUCUAUCUCUCUCUCUCUCUCUCUUUUUCUCUCUCAAAAGCUUCAACUAACAAGAAAUAAAUGGCUCACCGUAUAGCUCCUCGCUGCUUCCAGAUCAUGCUUCUAUGUCUUCUUAUCACUUCACCUCUAGAUGUUAGAGCUCAGGGAGGAGAAGGUGAUAUACCAGUAGUUAAUCCUACACCUCAAGGUGGUGAUACCACCACACCAACCAUAACCCAACCAUCACCGCCAACCUCAACAUUCCCAGGUCCAGUCACGAACCCAAAUCCACCAACCGGCGGCUAUCCACCACUAGAUGGUACAACACCACCAACAGGUGGUGGCUAUCCACCACUUGAUGGCACCACUCCAACCGGUGGUUACCCACCACUUGAUGGUACUACACCACCGGUUGGUGGUGGUGGAGGUGGUGACCCUGGUGCAGGUGGUGGUGCACCUGGUGGAGGUGGUGGCGGUGGUGGUGACAAUGGUGGAGGUGGUGGUGGUGGUGCACCUGGUGGAGGUGGUGGUGGUGGUGGUGGUGGUGGUGGAGGCGGAGGUCAGUGGUGUAUAGCGAAAGCAACUGCUUCGCCAACAUCAUUACAAGUGGCUUUGGAUUACGCUUGUGGGUAUGGAGGAGCUGAUUGUGGCCAGAUCCAACAAGGUGCAAGCUGCUACGAGCCUAACACUAUUCGUGAUCAUGCGUCCUUUGCUUUCAAUAGUUAUUACCAGAAGCAUCCUGGUUCAGAUAGCUGCAACUUUGGAGGGGCUGCACAACUUACCAGCGCAGAUCCAAGUAAAGGAAGUUGUCGCUUCCCAUCAUCAUCAGGAACUGUCAGCACAAGCCCGCCAAGUCAACCAAGUCCACCAGAUUUUAAUCCACCACCUUCUACUCCUGCAUACCCACCCCCAAUAACAACUCCACCUACAGACAUACCUGGUUCUGGACCACCCUACGGCGUGGCAGAGCCAACGGGGCUUCCGAGUUCAGCAACUCAUGUGUCACGUAGCUUCUUCUCAAUGUUUACAGCGGUAGGAAUACUAGUGCCACUGCUCAGGCAAAAUUAUCUCUAAACGGACAAAGGGUUUCAGGAUUUCCAUCUCUCUCUGCAAAUUACAAGACUCGUUUCCUACAAAUACACCAUCACGAUAGUAUGGAGUUGAAGAAAUCAGCCGUGAUCAGCAAGAAGAUUUUAAUCCAAGACCUUACACAAAUCAUCUGUUCUCUUUGCUAUAUAGUUCAUAAUGGGAAGUAUAUUUAUUUAGUAGGCAAUAUUACAAAAUCAAAGGGCUUAGGUUAUAUACAUUCUUGUAGACACGUUAAGCAUAAUGUAUCUCUUUUACAGUUCUAGAGAAUAAAAGUACUUAGGGAUUGGUUAAAAA